UGAGCAUUCACGAUGAGUAUGUUAACCGUAGAGGAGUGUGAUCUACUGGGAGACUCUAAGUAUCGGUCGUACAUCACACAGGUGGAAAAGGCUCUCAAAAGCUUUGAGUAUACAAGUGAAUGGGCCGAUCUCAUUUCUGCACUUGGCAAGCUAAACAAGGUCUUGCUUUCUCAUUUGAAGUACCAAGUUGUCCCCAAAAAGGUGACAAUAGGUAAGCGUUUGGCUCAGUGUCUCCAUCCCGCCCUGCCCAGUGGUGUGCACCUGAAAGCUCUGGAGACGUACGACAUCAUCUUCAAAUGCAUCGGUACACAGCGCCUCGCUCAGGAUCUGUUCAUCUACAGUGCGGGGAUGUUCCCUCUGCUGAGUCACGCUGCCAUGAGCGUGAAGCCGGUGUUGUUGACGAUAUAUGAAAACCACUUCGUGGCACUGGGCAAACGCAUAAAACCGGGACUUAAUGGGCUGCUGCUAGGACUGUUACCGGGCCUGGAGGAGGGGGCAGAGUUCUGUGAGAGAGUUAACAUUUUGUUGGAGGAUUUCUGUGAUGGCGCUGAACCCGAGUUUUUCUACACGUGUCUAUGGGAGUGUGUUCAGUCAUGUCCCAGCGUCCGGCUCCCGGCCUUCACCUUCCUCAUCUCACACUUCAACAAGAAACAGACCAUGGAGGACCAGCUUCACAUGAUGGGCCUUGACCUUGAUAUACUGGUGCAGUCGUUGUGCAGCAGCAUGCAAGACACCAGUGUGUUGGUUCAGCGCAGUGUUCUCGACUUCCUGCUGUUGGCCUUCCCGAUGCACAACAGUCAGUUGACGAAGGAAGACGUUGGUAGGAUAGUGAGUGCCGCAGUGUCAGUCGUGUUGCGGCGAGACAUGUCGUUGAACCGCCGACUCUACAACUGGCUGUUGGGCACCACGGUCAGUUCUGCAAACCUGCACUCCAUUAUCCCAGAUUCCUCCCGACUUCACAGGUCAGACAGCACCUCCACCAACAGUGAGAUGGACCUGGUGUACUUUGAGCAGUUCUCUAAGGAGAUGCUUGUACAGGCUCUGAAGAGCAAACUGACAGACUUCAAUAACUUUGACUUCCAGUCUGGGCGGAGGAUCUCCAUGAUGAGACCGUUCCGUAUUCUGAUCAGCCUGCUGGACAAGCCGGAGAUCGGCCCUGUCAUUCUGGAGCACGUCAUCUUGUCGGUGUUCCAGUGUCUGUACAGAGAAUGUAAGAACACCGAGCCACCAGAUGAAAGCAAACCCACGAGCAAGCUAAAGUCCAGUGAAACUCCAGUGGAUGAUACCUCUGAGCUGCUUAAGACAGCCAAUCUGUUGUUCAAUUCUCUGGAGCCAUACUUCGUGUGGGAUUUCCUCGGUCGCAUGUUUCAGGAGGCGUGUCAGCGGUUACACGACACCAAGAGGAAAUGUGGCUCUUCAUCAAGUCAGGACUCUGUGAUCACAUCGAACGUCCCGACAAUCAAAGAGCUCUGUCUGCUCAGCCAUUUCCUUUUGGACAUUGUUUCCUUGGAGACAUACAUAGAGACUCAGACAGAGUACCUGCCCGACAUGCUGCGCCAGAUGUUACAGUCCCUCCAGAACCACUGUGAGCACAUCUCGGAGAACGACAUCACACACAUGCUGCAGCUGUGUGCCACCAUCUUGUCUAAGGUCCAGCCAUCCAUGACAGCUGUUGUUUCUCCCGACACGGUAUCCUGUGAUACAGCAGACCUUACACACAGCAAGACGCAGCAACCCCAACAUGAUGAUAGUAACAAAAUUGUGGAGGCAUCUAAAAGAACUGCUAAUAAAUGGGUUAUCGUCACUGUGGCCGGUAGUGAUAAAAAAGCAGAUAAUGAAAGUAAAACAUGUGAUGUGACUGCUAAUUCAGAUAUAUUUUCAGUGCAGACAAAAAGUGCUGAAAUAUACCACAACAAAGACUGUGAGAAGAAAAAUGUUGAUGACAAUAAGAACCCAACAUGUGAAGCGAGCUUGGACACAGAGCCGUGUAAAGAAACAGAACACAAGCCGGAGCACGUUCCCCAUCACUUGGACUCUGUGAGCAGCUCCUACACUCCCACUGUGAUGCAAUCGUGUGUGGAGAUCUUCAAGGAGUUUGUCCACCUGUUUGUCAGUGAACGCAUCCUACAGAGUCGGACCGCCUCCUGUAAGUGCAUGGAGUCCUUGUUGCUGGGCCACGAGGGUCUGGUGUCCAUGGACCAGGACUCGGUGCUGGACGGGGUGUCCUUGUGUAGCUCAGAGACUCACAUGCACCAGGAGUUCAUCCUCAACCCGAUCAGCAGAAUCAGUACAGACAGACUCACGGACGACAGCUUUGAGGCCUUCAGCCAUUGCUGUCAGCUGAUGGUCGACUUCUCCAGUUUCCCAUUGUUCUGCUCUAGCUCACAAGAAGUUAUCGACAUGAACUUCUACACAGAUGAGAAGGAGGUCCUGCCAAGUUGGGUACAGGAUCUAUUGACAUGCUGCUGCUUUGUGGACUCUUUUCCCAUUCAGAGUGCUGCCAUGGCAACCAUACUAGACCUUAUUCUUCUGACCCAGUCUGUACAGACCGAGGCUAAGAGCAAGAAUCAGUCGUCCAGUCAUGGGACAGUGUCUGUACUGAUCGUUCCAGUCCUGCUACCCAAGAACCUCCAGUACAUCAAUACAAACACACUGUUGUAUCAGGCAAUGGCUCAGGAACUGUGGCGGUACCUGAGUGCCGAGUUCUGUCAACAUCAUUACAGGACGGUGGAACUGCUGAACAUCUUACACCAGGCCACUCCAAACAGCUGGGUGUGCGAGGACGUCAUCAGCUCGGCUCUUGUCAGUGAGAAUCAGACUCAGCGAACAGAGGCAUUUAAGAAAUUCACCAUUCUGUGGCAUCUGACCAGGGACAUGAAGACGGACCACAACCCGGGACAGGCUGCUCGUACAUUCGACAGGUCUAUGUUCGUGGUAUUGGACAGUCUGAAGGAAGAGAUGUCUUCGACUAAGACUAUCGCCGCGUCCUGGCUCACUCACGUUGUCCAGCGCAGUGACAUCAGUCGCGUACUACAGCCUUUGCUCCUCAUGCUGUUACACCCUGAUACUGCCAGGAUUUCAGUGCAGCACAUCAGUGUGGACGAGCCGAAGAAAGUGAAGUUGUCUGAGACCGAAGAAGAGGAACCAGAGGCCAAGAUAUACGCAAUCAGCAGUGAUGGAGGAAACAUCAUCUACCACGUCAGUCCUCUGGGUCGUAAGAUUCCACAAACAGUGGCUGAAGACCUCAAGUCAGUUGCCAUGAUGGUGAUGAACAGCAAGGGCUCUGCAACCACAGCUCCUGCCCAUGCUAAAGACGACAGUGAACUGCACUUCGAGAAGGUUAACCCUGAUGACGUGAUGCUGCGAAUCAACCCUUUUGGUUCACAAAGCUCUCUGGACAAACUAAUCUUUGACGGUUACGAAUUCCCCCGUGUUUCCAGCAUGCCGGAUCUGCGGGGAGCGAAGCGACUCGAUGCCAAGACGUGUAAGAAGGAAGGGAUUUUCUUUGAUCCUCCUGGAGAGACAGACACUGAUGACAUCUUUGAGGAAGAACCAAGCAGUGAGGAUAUUGUUCGGCAGUUUCUUGAUGACAUCCUGGAACAUGUGUGCCAACAUACGCCGCAGUCAGGUGAUACUGACUGUGAUGGCCAGAAGAGAACUCUGAACCUGACUUCAAGAGACAGCAGUGUUCUGGGAGAUCAUGACCUGCUGAACGGUAUUGACAGACAAGGUCUUGAGAUGGACUCGCAAUCUGGGAGUGAGACGGACAUCCACGUGACUUCAAACCCAGAGAGUUCCCACCCUGCAGGUGACAUCCAUGCUCUGCACAUGCACAUUUUGCUGUAUGCUCAGAAGUACGACUACAAACGCACCCUGUACGCUCUGUCCACGCUGAAGGCCAUGCUGCUCAUGUGUCCUCGCCUCAUGGUCACCUCCAUGUCUACAACCAGCAUCAGCUCCAUCCGACCUCCUCACAUGGCCAAGAUCCAGACUCUGCUGGCCAGACACAGAAAAUCAGUGUACGGUAAAAACUUCUUUGGCGAGAUCUCUCCCGAUGUGUUUGCUGGUUACAGAAGUAACAUGAUAAUCGAUGUUCUCAUCUCACUGUGCCUCUAUUACGUGAGGAGCUACUAUCCAAACCUGAUGAUGAGCAAGCUCAGCGAGGAAGAGUUGCUAGGCAACAAGGAGGUCCACAUGAUGGCAGCGGAAAUCCUCAUCCUCAUCCUCUCAGAGCUGAUAGGCAUCAUGAAGGACAGUGGGAAGAACUUCUGCUCGUACAUCGAGGACCUGUUGGUGCGGUGUAAGCUCCAGAAGGCUCUGCUCCACUGCGUGCUGGCCAGCGUCUACAACAGCAGGCGCAAGAACGGAGUGAACAACAACACGAAGCUCACAGAGGCGAUCAUUGCCUUCAACGAGGAUGGCCUUGACCCCCAGGCCAACAACACAUUCCAGAUCCGCCUGCUGAACCUGCUGUUAGUGAUGAUUAUGAUGGAGAGACAGAUCGAGGUCAUCCAUGGGGUCAAGGACACCACCAACAAUGCAUCUUCAGACUGGGAACGCAACAAGUCAUCUCUGGGGAAUGUCAAGUACACAGCCAACCUUCCCAUAGUGCAACAGGGCAUGUUCAUCACCGGCAUCCUCAGUGCUCUCAAACAACAGCAUAUGUGUCAGAUGCACUGUCACUGGGUUGCCAUGGUUACAUCAGCACUGCCAUAUAUGGACAAGGCCCUUCCACGUGUCACUCUGUGCAUUGUUUCUCAGCUGUGUCGCAAUCUUGAUAUGUUGUCUGCGGAUAUUGACUCAGAGAAACAAAUGAGUCUGAUGCACAAAGUUCCACCUGACCACAUCCUGACGAUGCUGGAGGGUCUGAUGUCAAUCUGUCACUACUGUCUCCUUGACAAUGUGUCAUUCGUGGCCGUGGGACAACCAGCGCCUACGUUGAACCAAAUCAGCACGGACAUGGCCAGUGCGGGACAGAUUAUCACCAACCUGAUUCACGUCUUCAACCCGGCCAAUAACAACAGAGAAACAAGUCCACAGAGAGAUUCGUCCCUCAUUUCCCCGAUCCUGGACGCCAGACGAGCGCUGCUGAGCAUCAUGCCGCGGAUUGUGGCAUGCAUGGCAACACUGUGGCAUGCGGUGAGCAGGGCCAGUCAGGAGCAGAGCAGAUGCACCAACUGGAAGGGGGACUCGCUUACUGCAGAGCAUGUCAGGGUUAUUCGUCAACAGAUACUUGAGUUUCUCAGUCCUAUCUCUGUUCCACAUGGCAUCAACCUGCUGGGUGCAUUUGCUGUAGCUUGGAACGACCGUAGAAAGAAAACACAGGGUUACUCAAAGAAGGUGACUCCUCUCCCGUGUGAGGACCAGCUCCUCCUCGUUGACUUGGUGUCCUCGAUCAGAGUCCUCCCAACCGACACCUUGAUACAGACAGUCAAACAGGUCCUCAAACAGCCGCCUGCCGCAGAUCUGGGGAAGGGAAGUAGAGUUGUGUCCCUGGAGGUGAACACCCUACAGUUUUUCCUCGCGUACGUGGAGCGGACACCAGCCUCCCAGCUCGUUGACUCGUGGCCGUCACUGCUAUCCUUGUUGAAGGAGAGUCUGCAGCUCGGGCUUGUUCCACCGGGACAGUUCCUACUGCUGCAGAUACUGAAUGAAUUUAUUCACAGAACUCCAGCUAUGGAAGAGAAGAAAAGUCAGAAAGACUUGCAGGAUAUAGCUCAGAAACUGCUGGAGAGUGUGGCUGUGAUCGCCGGUUUGUCUCUUGAACAGACGACGUGGCUGCGACGCAACCUGGCUGUUAAACCGGGACCUCAGACGUAUGUCGGGGAAACCGAGGAAGGGGAGGCAACUGAGGAGAAUGAAGCUGAGACUAAAGUAGCCGAGAGACGAGUAGCCGAACCUCAGCUGAACACAUCAGCUGACACCAAGUACAGCGUCCAGGCUCUGACACUUCUCGCAGAGCUGACAGCCCCACUACUGGACGUGGUAUACGGCAGUGAUGAGAAAGACAAAAUAUCACCGAUAUUGUCCAGUAUACUCUACAACAUCUUCCCAUAUCUCAGAAAUCACAGCUUGCACAAUCUGCCCAGCUACCGAGCGUGUUCCCAGUUCCUGUCGAGCAUCAGUGGCUAUCAGUACACGCGCAAGUCGUGGAGGAAGGACGCCCUGGAGAUGUUCCUCGACACCAGCUUCUUCCAGAUGGACGUCCGGUGCGUCACAUACUGGCACAACGUCAUCGACAAUCUGAUGACUCAUGACAAAACCACGUUCAAAGAUCUCAUUGGUCGGGUUGCAGUGACCCAGUCUGGUUCUUUGAGUUUGUUCACCAGCAAGGAAGCUGAAUUUGAGCAGCGAGCUCACAUGAUUAAACGCUUGUCCUUCGCCAUAUUCUGCAGCGAUCCCGAUCAGUACCAACGCAACAUCCCAGAUAUCCAAGAGCGUCUGGCCGAGAGUCUGCGCCUGCCCCAGGUGCCAUCGGUGAUGGCGCAGGUCUUCCUGUGUUUCCGCGUCCUGCUGCUGCGCAUGUCCUACCAGCAGCUCACCUCCCUCUGGCCAACCAUCAUCACCGAGAUGGUGCACGUUUUCCUGCAAAUAGAGCAAGAGUUGUCUACAGAAACUGAUGAAUUCAGUACUUACAUCAGGAUGCAGUCGAGGACCCAGCUUCAACGUAUUGCUGCUCUCGACUCUAGCUGGGCUCACCUCGGAAACGGUCUGAAUGCCCACAACAACCCAGCCUGGCUCAGUCUAUACCUCAGUGUGUGUAAACUGCUUGAUCUGUGUCUCGCGCUACCGGCCGAUCAGGUUCCACAGUUCCAGCUAUAUCGAUGGGCGUUUGUUGGCACUGUUGAGGCGGACUGUGACGAGAGCGAAGUGAAGGACAAAAGACACAAGUCGACGCCUUGCUUCACUCCACACAUCGUACGCCUAGCCAAACUGCUCAACUCUCGGUUGCAGAAUGGUCAGCCCGUAUUAAAACAGAUUCCCGGACGUCCUCUGUUGACAUUCCCUGUUUUGAGGUCACUAGUGGAGCUGCAGGCAUUCUUCAAUACAUACAGCUACUCUCAGGCCGAGAAGGCCUUCAUGACAGGGGGAGACACGAGAAAAAUUACCAAAUCCAAGUCUACGCCUGUUGGCAUGGCAACAGCAGCAUCAUCAGCCUUGUCAUUAGACAUUGUACAACCAUCAAAAUCUAACCGUCAGUUUAUUGAAGAGUUGGUGAAACAAGACUUCCUCGAGUUUCUCGCACACUAA